GGUCAAACCCCAAAACGCUCUCCCAGCGCAAGAUAGCCCUCUAGGCUCUACGGCACAGCGAAGAGAGAGAGAGAGAUUUGAGAACGAGAGAGAGAGAGAGAGGGAGAAGAAGAAUACAAAAGCGUUUCUCGAAACAGAAAACAGAAACAGAUGGCAGAGAGAGAGAGAAAGAAACAAUAAUUGUUGCAGUUUCUGGCAAAGAUCCUGUGGGCCAACUAGGGUUUUAUAGCUCUCUUUCUUCAUCUCUUCUUCUUCUUCACAGACAUUGUUGUUGCAUUGUACCAGAGACUCUACAGAGAAGCUUUUUAGGUACAGAUGGAGUUGCUGGAGUAAGCAAAGUGUAGAUUGAGAAGGAGUAAGAGCUUCAUUCAAUCCAAUUACAUUUUCUUCUUGGAUCUUCACUAUUUCUACCAUGGGCUUGGAUGGAAAAUUCGUAGAACUGCAGCAUGAGGAUGGAACUCACCAAGGGCGGGCUAUAUGCUUGCAUGCUUAUUCUGAUUUAUCCUGUGUUUCUCCAGUAGUUUUUUUAUACCUAUUGAAGGAAUGUUAUGCUUAUGGCACAUGCAAGGCAACCAAGAAGUUCCGUGCUCUUCAACAACAAGUUCAUCAAGUUCUAUACAACAGUCCUCAACCUGGACCAGCUGUUUUUGUUGCUCACUGUCUCUAUGUCUUGCCUAUUCUUGAAGAAUAUUCUGAAGGCUUCAGUCACUUAGUAAUAUCUGCUCUUCGUCGUUUUCUAAAAGUGGGAACUACCUCCGAAGACUUGCUUGAAGCAAAGUCUCUUGCAGCCCGGUUAUUUCUUUUUAUUGUUGGUGGCAGUAUAAUCCAUGAUGAGAGGGUUCUCAUAAAGAUGCUCGAAGUUUUUGAAAUCAGUAUGAUAAACAUUGAGAAUUCCAUGUGCAAUGCGGAACUGAACAGUAGUGGUAGUUUAGAAUUGGCUAGAACAUUUGUUGACAAAUACAUUUUCAAGUUGAUAGAAUCCGAGUCAUACAUGACAGCAGUCACUCUAUUGGAACAUUUCUCUAUCCGCCAGUCUGGAGAAUCCUUCCUAAUGAAAAUAAUGCAAAACAAAGACUACAGAGCAGCGGAUAAAUGGGCAACAUUUAUGGGGAAGCCAAUGUUGUGUGUACUUGUUCAGGAAUACUCUGAGAGGAAGCUGCCAAAGCAUGCUUAUGAUAUUAUAAAGAAAAACAAUCUUCGAAAAGAAUUUCCAGAAAUAUAUCAUAAGUGUAAAGAAAGCUCACUGAAGAAACUAGCAGAAAAAGGAUGCUGGGACGUUGCUGAAGCAAAGACGAAUGGUGAUAAACAAUUUCUUGAGUAUUUGGUUUAUUUGGCAAUGGAAGCUGGCUACCCUGAGAAGGUUGACGAACUUUGUGAUCGAUACUCCCUCGAAGGUUUCAUAAAUUUCAAAGGACCUGAAUUCGAAGAGAAUUUUUGUAAGGGAUAUGAGUACUAUGGACUUUACUACUUUGGGGAUCUACCGAACCAACCUCCUUCUACUUUAGCUAGUUUUCAGGCGUCUGUUUUGCUUGCUUCUAUAUCUUGUGUUUUUAAUGUUCAAACUUCAGAAUUGUGGCAUGCACAACCUGAGACAAGCCUUACACAGAAUCGCUAUUUGCAGCUUAAUGAAUUGGAUUUAGAAGACAUCAUUUGGGUUGAUGAAGUCAAUGGUUUGCGUAGUGCGACAUGCCAUAUUGAGGAAUGCAAAGUUGUGGGCAUUGACUGUGAAUGGAAGCCUAACUACGAAAAGGGAAGUAAACCAAACAAGGUUUCUAUCAUGCAAAUUGCUUCUGAAAAGAUGGUUUUCAUUAUUGACCUGAUAAAGUUGUUUGAAGAUGUUCCUGAUAUUCUAGACAACUGCCUUACCCGCAUUUUGCAUGCUCCUCGAAUUCUAAAGCUUGGCUAUAAUUUUCAAUGUGAUGUGAAUCAGCUGGCUCAUUCUUAUGGGGAGCUUAUGUGUUUUAAGCAUUAUGAGAUGCUGCUCGAUAUCCAAAAUGUAUUUAAAGAACCCCGGGGUGGUCUGUCUGGGCUUGCAAUGAAAAUAUUGGGAGCUGGUUUGAACAAGACCAGACGGAACAGCAACUGGGAACAACGGCCUUUAACUCGGAAUCAACUAGAAUAUGCUGCUCUGGAUGCCGCUGUACUCAUUCACAUAUUCCGUCAUGUCCGAAGUACUUCUCAGAUUGCUUCUGUCCCUGAGGGGCCUGCCAAAAUUGAGUGGAAAUCCCACAUUGUUUCAUAUGUGGGUAACCCGAAGAAGACCAAAAAGGAAGCUAAAGAUGCCGGGAUUGAUGCGCUUUCACAAUUGGUUUAUUUCUAAGCUCUAAGCUCUGCGCAUUUCAUUUUCCAUUGCAUUUGACUGUUUCUUACUUGUACAUAUUGGCAACUAGGCAAAUGACAUUGGCCAGUAAUGCUUGCUGCUAUGUUUUAUUUCGCAUUUGUACAUAUUGAAAACUAGCGUCAUGGAAAACUGAGACUGGUCCGUCCUUGAUUGACUUUGCUUUCGUAAUUUUAAAAAAUAAAUACAAAGAAAAAUUCUCUCUGAA